CGUAGUUCGUUCCCCGUCCGAGAAACAAAAUCCUCCGUGCAAGUCAGGCCAACUUCCCUUACCCUCCCUCUCCCCCAUCAAUUGGUUCGAAACAGAACAUCAUGGCCUCCUCAAUCCGACCCGCAAGCCGCCUUUUCACGCGUGCCUCGCGCGCCUCCCUGGUUUCGCUCGAGUCCCCGGCCUCUCGAACCCUUGCACGGACAGCCAUGAACACCCAAACCGCCGUCCGCACCAGCAUCAGUCACAAUCAAUUGAAGAAUGGCACCACCCUCGCCCACCGUGCCUUCUCGACCUCGCGGGCCCACCUCAAGAAGUCCCCGACGAUGGGCCAGCUGAAGGCGCGCAACUCGACGGGCCCGUUCUCGUGGAAGUCGGCGCUGCUGUUCGUGCUGACGGGCGGCGGCAUGAUCAUCUACUUCCGGGUGGAGAAGGAGCGGCUGGAGCGCAAGCGCAUCGCGGAGAUGAGCAAGGGGGUGGGCAAGCCGCGGGUCGGGGGGCCGUUCACGCUGACGGAUCUGGACGGGAAGGAGUUCACGGCCGAGGAUCUGAAGGGGAAGUAUAGUUUUGUGUACUUCGGAUUCACCCACUGCCCGGAUAUCUGCCCCGACGAGCUGGACAAGAUGGCCGAGAUCAUCGACAAGGUCAACGAGGCCACCGGCGGCGAGAAGAUCUUCCUCCCCGUGUUCAUCACCUGCGACCCCGUCCGCGAUACGCCCGAGGUGCUGCGCGAGUACCUGAAGGAGUUCCACCCGGGCAUCAUCGGGCUGACGGGCACGUACGACCAGGUGCGCAAUGUGUGCAAGCAGUAUCGCGUGUACUUCAGUACGCCGCGGGAUAUCAAGCCCGGGGAGGAUUAUUUGGUGGAUCAUAGUAUCUACUUUUACCUGAUGGACCCCGACAACGACUUUGUGGAGUGUAUCGGACGUCAGGACACGCCCGAGUCCGCCACGCGGACUAUCAUGGAGCACAUUAACGAUUGGAAGCGCGAGGGCAAGCCUUUGAGGAAGGAUUAGAUUCGUCGUUUUCUGGUCUGGUCUUGGGGGCCAUGUGUGUACAAUAUAAUACCCUACUCUGUAAAAUCAUGA